AAAAGCAUGAUCAAGAUAUUUCAAAUUCUUUACAUUUAUUUUCAACUUGGAUAACGAAAAUUGCAAAUUCAGAUAAUAUAAGUUUGAAAAGUAAAGCAUUAUCUUUAAUUGUUCCAACAUUACAAAUUUUAGAAGAAAAACAUGAAAUAACAAAUACUAUUAUAACUCCAA